CGGAUGCACUUUCUGUACUCUUCAAAGUUUGAGAGAAGGACGAUCGGAGUGUUUUAACAAUACAGCGGGGAAAUGAGGCGAUCGUUAAGUUUCUGUUUGUGGAUCAUAGUUGCAGUCCCUGAGUAUUUAAUCUUGAACUCCUGUUCUAAAUGCACCAAAGAUUUGUUUACAGUUAAUGUGAUCCUAUUGAACGAUUCGCACUCUCCUUGGGCCUUGCAUUACAUUCGUCCAUUUAUAACAUUUGGAAUUCAACACAUUCAAAGCAGAUUUGACAAGAAAGGUUUUAACGUGACAUUGGAUGCAACAUUUAAUGGCUUUGACACAUCAUUGUAUCAAAUCAAAGGCUGCCGCAGCAGCGCCUGUGAAGGUUUGGAGAAUCUGAAAAAGUUACAUAAUGACAACAAAUUGGGUUGUGCAGUUCUGGGUCCAACAUGCACGUAUGCAACAUUUCAAAUUGUCACGCUGGAAACACAUUUGGAAGUCCCCAUAGUAUCUGCUGGAAGCUUUGGGUUAUCCUGUGAUUAUAGACCCAAUGUGACUAGGAUUCUACCAACAGCUCGGAAACUCACUAAUUUUUUUGUAAAGUUCUGGCAAUAUCAAAGUGAUGCAAAGCCAUACAAAUGGGAUUCAACCUAUUUUUACAAGAAAAAUGAGACCUCGGAACCCUGUUUCUGGUAUAUUAAUGGUUUGGAAGCUGGGUCAGCUCAUUUCGCUUUGAGUUUAGAUGUUAAAGAAAUCAUCCGUGACCAACUGAAGUUCAAAGAGAUAGUGAACAACUCCACCAGGAAGAGUAAUGUGAUCAUUUUGUGCGGGACAAUUAGUGACAUUGAGACAUUACUAAGUGGAGUUACUGUGGACGAAAAUAUUGUUAUCAUCCUGGUAGACCUGUUCAAUCACAUAUACUUUCCUGAGGCAGAUUCAAUGGAUUACAUGAAACAAGUUCUGGUGGUAACCGUACUGCCUCCAUCUUACAACCAGACCUCAGAAGAGGCCAACAACACUGCACUGAUGCAUAACGAUUAUACGCUUGGUUAUUAUGAUGCUGUUCUGCUCUUCAGUACUGUACUUGAAAAUUUUCUGACGAAAAAUCAGUCCCCAAGGCCAUCUGACUUCAGUGAAAACUUUCGAAAUAUCACCUUCCAAGGAGCCCUUGGACCAAUACACCUGGAUGAGUUUGGAGAUCGAGAUAUUAACCUGACUGUUCUGUACACCUCAGUCAAAACAAGAAAGUACAAAACGUGGUUUUACUUUGACACCAGGACUAAUAGCACCCAUUGCAUGGAUAGCAAGCCUGAGUUUGUGUGGAGCGGUGGAUUACCCAAUGAUGUUCGUGAAUCUGUACAAGGCGAUUUGAACCUGGUGGAUAUAACGAUAGGUCUGGCUGCCACUGUCGUGUUGGUUAUGGUGCUGGUUAUGAUGAUCACUCUUGUUGUACUGCGGAAGUACAGAAAGGAACAGAAACUAUACUUAGAGAAAUGGUCAGACAUUUCUCGUGAUCAAAUCCUACCACUGGAGGAAGAUGAGAAAAACAGCAUCAACCUGAAGAUUGAAGAGGACAAAAGAAAAGAAAACCUGGUGCCUUUAUGGAGAGCAAAAUAUGACAAAAAGAUUGUUGUCUUGAAGAAACUGAAACACAAAGAUGGGAACUUCACUGUGAUGCAAAAGAUUGAACUCAAUCAGCUGCUGCAAAUCGAUUAUUACAAUUUAACGAAAUUCUAUGGAACAGUAAAGGUUGAUUUUGAGAUAUAUAAAGUGAUUGAAUAUUGUGAGCGAGGAUCACUGAGGGAUGUUUUGAAUGAUAACAUAUCGUACCCGGAUGGGACUUUCAUGGAUUUAGAGUUCAAGAUAUCAGUCAUGUACGAUAUUGCAAAGGGCAUGUCUUAUCUACACUCGAGCAAAAUUGAAGUACAUGGGAGCCUGAAAUCGACAAACUGUGUCGUGGACAGCCGGAUGGUGGUGAAAAUUACUGAUUUUGGGUGUAAUACUAUUGCCAUGCCACAGAAAGACCUGUGGACAGCUCCUGAGCACCUACGACAGGAGGGAGUAUCUCAGAAAGGUGACACGUACAGUUUUGGCAUUAUAGGUCAGGAAAUCAUUUAUCGGAGAGAGACCUUCUAUACUCAAUCGUGCAGCGAUGUUGCAGAGAAGUUAAAGAGAGUAAUGUUAGCAAAUGGGAGUGAGGUGUUUCGACCUGACCUUCCCCUGGAAACAUCUAAUGACAAAGAACUAGAGGUGUAUGGGCUCAUCAGAAAUUGCUGGGAAGAAGAUUCAGAAAAACGACCAGAUUGCAAGAGAAUUGAGGCCUUGCUGGGCAAGAUAUUCAGCACAUUCCAUAGUGAAAAGGACAAGAGCUACAUGGACACACUGAUCCGCCGACUUCAGAUGUACUCGAAGAACUUGGAGCACCUGGUAGAGGAGAGAACAGCCCUGUACAAGGCUGAACGUGACAGAGCAGAUCAGCUCAACUACAUGCUAUUGCCAAAGCCAGUCGUGAUAUCGUUGAAGACAACGGGUCAGGUUAAGGCUGAGCUUUUUGAAGAAGUGACUAUCUACUUCAGUGAUAUAGUGGGGUUCACCACCAUCUGUAAGUUCAGCACUCCCAUGGAGGUGGUCGACAUGUUAAAUAACAUGUACAAGAACUUUGACCAUAUCUUGGACAAUCAUGAUGUCUAUAAGGUGGAAACGAUUGGGGAUGCCUAUAUGGUAGCAUCUGGUUUGCCAAGGCGGAAUGGAAAUAGGCACGCAGUGGACAUCGCCUGGAUGGCCCUGGACAUUUUAAACUUCAUGGGGUCAUUUGAGCUUCCUCACCUCCCUGACCUGCCUAUCUGGAUUCGGAUAGGUAUUCAUUCAGGUCCAUGUGCAGCCGGUGUGGUAGGGACCAAGAUGCCACGAUACUGUCUGUUUGGUGAUGUGGUCAACACGGCCUCACGAAUGGAGUCUACAGGAUUACCAUUAAGAAUUCAUGUAAACCAAUCGACAAUCAAUAUACUGAAGAGGACAGAGUGUAAAUUUGAAUAUGAGAUGCGGGGAGAGACCUACCUGAAGGGAAGAGGAACUGAAGUGACCUAUUGGCUCACGGGAGAAACAGAUUGCAAUUUCAGGCUGCCAACCCCACCUUCAGCGGAAAAUUUGCAGAGGCUUCAGGCUGAUUUUGCUCAAAUGAUAAUUGAAUCCCUGGAGAAGAGAAGAGCAUUAGAAUUGGAAGCAGGAAUUGAAGAUAGGGGCGAGAAUGACUGGGAACUUGAGUACUUGCAGCUGAACGCCACAGAGAUACUCAGCACCUAUCUGUAACUGAGCAAAUACUGCAUAUGCUGGAAGCUGUACUGAAAACAAAAAAAAAUGCUGGAAAUUGCAUUGGGUCAGGCAACAUCUAUGGAAAGACAGCAAGCUCACGAUUCAAGUCCAGUUGACUCUACUCUGAUGAAAAUGCAUUUAGACUGUAAAUGUUAGCUUGCUUUCUCUCCAUGGAUGCUGCCUGACCCGUUGUGAUUUCCAGCUUUUUUUUCAUCUUUUUUGUCUUUCUCACACUGGCCCAUUAAACAGCUGCAGUUAAGGGAUGGUCUUAAUUACAGCAUUGCAAGACACUCCUUACACUGGCCCAAUUAAUCACCUGCAGCUCAGAUACAAUAGAAUCAAUGUUAAUUUCUCUCAACACUCUUGCAUCAAAUUCCUCCAGGCAUAGCAUGUUAGGGGUAAUUUAGAGCAUUCUCUAAUCAUAAACUCCCAAACCACUUUCAGGUCAAGUGUAGAAUUACUCCUGUUACUGACCGGACCAAACCACCCUCAAAUAUAUUAAGAAGAUAGCCUAGACAUCAACGUUUUCUUAUUUAUUAAGGCAAAUAUAAGGUGUUGUGUUCUGGAUGCACUUCGAUUGGUCAAACUACCAGGCUUGAAGAAAAAUGCUAUAGUAAAAAUACAAACAAAAGAAAUAGGAAUUGGAGUAACAACUCUAUAGGAAAACUUAAACAGAAUAAUAGAUGAGUUAAAUACUAAACAGCAACUGUUCCAAUGUAGUAACAUUCCAUAACAAACCCUUGGCAAAGGCAAAUUCAGUAAAGUAGACUGUUUCAUUUGCAAAUCUCCAGUUCGGAGGAAAGAACAUUAAGAGAACUAUCUGAGAACAUGAGAGAACUCGAGUGUUUUGCUGUAACAGGGAGAGAUGUAUAGCAGCUUCCAAACCCCAACUGCUACUGAAAGUUUAACUAAGAUCCUGGUUUUGUGGGAGCUUGACCCCACCCCUUGAUGGGGUCAAAAAACCCAAAACCUCACAAGCUGUUUACUUUAUUGGCUCAGAGCAGAUUGUUCGUCUCCUCUGUCCUAAGUCCUAAGUUCUCCCUCAUUUGGUGUGGAGUGCCAUACAGGUUAAAGCAUCUGAGUGAGGAGGAGAGGGAAAGGAGGGUAAAUUAUCAUACUGGUGGCAAGGAGGGAGAGUGGAUCCUCAUUGAACACAAUCCAGCCACAGACCUCUUUGGAAGAGCCUUUUCUUAAAUAUUAACUCAAGGGCUUCAGGCAUCAGAGAUUGGCCAGCAUUUACUGCCCAUCACUAAUUGCCUUGAGAAGGUGGUGGUGCAUUGCCUCUUCACCCACUGUUGUCCUUGAGAUUAGGAAGGACAUUCCAGGAUUUUGACUCAGAAGGAUUGAACGAAUGCCAAUAUAUAUUUCCAAGUCAGGAUGUGUGUGGCUUAGAGAGAAUCUUGCAGGCGAUAGUGUUCCCAUGCAUCUACAUCCUUGGGUGGUAAAGGUUGCAGGUGUUAUGAGCAAAUGUGUAAGGAAAAGUUUAACUUGAUUUAUUUUACAUUUCAUAUCUGGACGACAUUUUUAUAUACAUUUAUGUUGCUAAUGUUCGCCUGAAAUUAAAAGCCAUGUCACAGAGCAGACAGAGUCGAUCUUCAGCUGAGUAGAAGUUCAGCAGAGGUGAACAGACUUCCUUUGUUAUAAAGUAGCUAAUUCCUGUUCAAUUGAUCUGUUAACUGCAGGGAACAAUUAGAUACAUGGUAUCUUUAGAGCAAUUAAAUAUCCUCCCAAGAUAUAUGCUUUCACGACCAAUUCAAUAAGUUAUAAGUUCAAUGGCUAAGAGUAUUAAGUGUUAAAUCAAUUCCAAGCCAGUUGAAGCAUUACACCAGACACUUCACCAUAGAUUUAGUCGCAGAAUGCAGCAUUAACUACUCCUUCUUCUAAUCUAUUGAUGGCCCCUGUUUCAGAAGUCUCUUUACACUAUUUUGAAGACAAAUUGAAAUAAAUCAAUUAAACACAAAUUAAAAUGUGAUAGUCAUAUAUAAAGGCACUGUAACAAAAGUCAAUAUCUCCAAGAAAGCUUGCAUUUAUAGUCAUAGGGUUGUAAAAGCUCUUUGGUUCAACUCGUCCAUGCCGACCACAUAUCCUAAAUAAGUCUAGUCCCAUUUUUCAGCAUUUAGCCCAUAUCCCUCUAAAACCUUCCUAUUCAUGUACCCAUCCAGAUGCCUUUUAAAUGUUGUCAUUGUACCAGCCUCCACCACUUCCUCUGGCAGCUUAUUCCACACAUUCAUCGCUUUCUGUGUGGAAGAAGUUGCCCGAGGUCCCAUUUAAAUCCUUUCCCCCUCACCUUAAACCUAUACUCUCUAGUUUUGGACUCCCCCAACCCAGAGAAAAGACCUUGAUUAUUCACUCUAACCAAGCCCAUCAUGAUUUUAUCAACAUCUGUAAGGUUACCUCUCAGCCUCCAAUGCUCCAGGGAAAAUAGCUCCAGCCUACUCAACCUCUCCCUACAGCACAAAUUUUUAGACCCUGGCAACAUCCUUGUAAAUCUUUUCUGAACCCUUUCAAGUUUCACAACAUCCGUCCUCUAACAGAGAGACCAGAAUUGAAUGCAAUAUUCCAAAAAUGGCCUAACAAUGACCUGUACAUGACCUCCCAACUCCUAUACUCAAUGCACUGACCAAUAAAGGCAAGCAUACCAAAUGUGUUUUUCACCACCCUAUCUAUUUAUCUAACGGUGACUCCUUCUUCCUAAACUGUGUGUAUAUGUGUUCUGUUGUUAUUUUUACAUUUUGUAAUGAAUAGACUCACUCUUUUGUUAACUUAAGAAAACCUGAUUUAAUUAGCUACUUUUAAACAUAAAUUCAAUUGGUUUGGGAGAAUGACAUCCACAAGUAAGGGACCCUUUAAAAACUAACCAGUUGGUGACCAAGCAAGGGGGCAAGUAAGUAAAGAAAAGGACCCACUUCGUUCCUGCUACACCUUUGGGGUAUCUGUCUGGAACUGUAGUAAUUUGGGGAACAAUUCUCACACCAGCUUCUCUUUAUGAGUGCUCUAUGUAUGUACAAAACAAUACCCUUUACCUGCACAUUUCAGAAAUAUAUAUAAUAUACAAGUAACGUUAAUCAAUCCAAGGGGAUGAUCUACAAAAGGAAUACAAACAGUAAAUGUUGAAUUACUCAGGUUAGGAAGCAUCUGCUGGAAAAAGAAAACAAAAUUAAUGUUACAAAUUGAUGAUUCUAUUUCUUUCUGCAGAUGGUAGCUGACCUGCAUUUCAAUAUUUCCUGAUUUUAUUUCAGGUUUCCAGCACUUGUGGUAUUUAACUUUUGCAAUGGUAUUUGCAUAAGGGAAAUGGCGGUGUGAAAACAUUGAAUUAAGCUUUUGCUCAUCAACCUCUUGGGAAUUGUCUGCUGUUGAAUGAUUUAAUUAAGAGUUUAGGCAAGGUGCAAUCAUGACAAAGUCUGGGGAAUUGUACUUAUUAUUUAUCAAAGAAAAGCUAGUCAAAUAAGGUAAUCCUCUGAAACAUGAAUUUUCACCUCAAGUUUGGGGAGAAAGGUGUAAAACAUAACUAUUAGAUGAGGUGAGAUCUGAUCAACUUCAGAACAUGUUUGAUCUUAAAACUACAGUUCUCCAGCAAAUCUGAAAUAUUGUUAUAUAC